GACGGCUAGGGAUAGUUUCUGACGAGGUAACAAUUGGAGCGGAUCCCGGCCUCGAGGAAAGCUUUAUUCCCCCCUGUGAAGAGGAGGCGGGGGGCGUCAGUGACGGCGAUCGGGCGUGGACGACGACGACGAAGCGACUCCGCCAUGGAGACGAGGUCCGACGAGGAAGGCAAGCUUCCGGACAUUGAUGCUGCAGAGCAUGAAGAGAAGCACAGGAGGUAUGAGGCUCUUUAUGCUCGACGUUUAAGGGCCAAGUACUUUUCCAAGAAGGCUGUAGAUGGAGGGGAUAUAUACGACCACGAAACUACGAUUGAUAAUGAGGUUAUAAAAUCGAGCAGAUGGCCUUGUACAAGAUCAUUUGCUGACCCAAUUAAAUACCUGGAAGAGAGGAACCAAUCAUCUUACGAAACAGAAGCCACAGGCACUCCCAAACAGAAGCAGACUCCUAAGAAGAGCAGUUAGUGGUGUUCUAAAAGCUAAGUCUGGAAAAGGGCGAUAUGUGGAAGUUUGUUAGAGUUUCAUUAACAGAUGCUCACCUUUGAUCAAUUUUAUGAGGCAAACUACUUAAAUUUGAGUUGCAAGACAUGAGAUAAUUGCUAUCCAUUGAUUGUUUAUGAUACUUCUGUCUUAUUCCUCUUAUGGACUUCAAUGGUUCGAGUGAUACUGCACUUCUACCAAAUACAGAUACUAGUUUCUUGAUUUUUGUUCAA